AUGGCAUGGUCAGAAUAUACUCAUCUUUGUCUCACAGGUUUUAUCUUUUUUACACUCAUUUCCAGAAUGGUCGCUCUUGAGAAUGCAUCGAUGGGAGAUAUAAGUAUAUCAUAUGGUCCAGCAGGUAGGGUGAGCCAUAAUUCAACCUUGGAAGCAAAGCUCACAUACUCUUUAGGAAUCAAGGGUCUCAUUAGGAGUCCUUUUAUAUUCUCACAAGCAAUGUUUGCCAGUAUCGGAGGUUUUCUUUACGGCUAUGACCAAGGCGUAAUUUCUGGAAUUCUGGUAAUGAACAGCUUUGUAAGUUCCCAUCAUCACCAUUUUGUGUCCACCACUCACCAUUAUUACAACCAGGGCAAGCAGUUCCCAAAACUUGCCGACGAUGCAACGCUACAAGGGUGGAUGGUGUCGAUACUCACCCUCGGUGCGAUGUUUGGAGCCUUCGCCAAUGGCCCCAUCGCUGACCGUUUUUCGAGACGCUGGUCAAUCCUUUACGCCAACAUCAUCUUCCUCAUUGGCUCAGCAAUUCAAGCAGGUGCCCAAGAUCUGCCUAUGAUCUUCAUCUCCCGUUUUAUCACAGGUGUAUCUGUCGGCAUGCUUUCUAUGGUAGUGCCCUUAUACCUGAGUGAAGUAGCACCGCCGGAGCUUCGUGGAAGUCUCGUCGCACUACAACAAUUAGCCAUUACAUGUGGUAUUAUGUGUGCAUUCUGGUUAGAUUAUGGGACACAGUAUAUCGGUGGGACUGGGGAUGGUCAAUCCCAAGCUGCUUGGAGAUUCCCCCUGGCAUUCCAAUGCUUUCCUUCGUUGCUCUUGGCAAUUGGCACUUUCUUUUUGCCAUAUAGUCCUCGUUGGUUGGUACAAGCAGAUCGCGAGGAAGAGGCACAUAAUGUUCUUUGUCGGUUACGUCGAGUGCCGGAGUCGGAUCCCCGAAUCCGCCUCGAGCUCUUAGAGAUCAAAGCAGUCAGCAUGUUUGAGCAAGAAACAAGAGCCGCCAAAUAUCCUGACGUAAAUGGAAAGAUUCAGGUGGCACUUCAAGAGUACAAAGAUCUGUUUGUUUUACCUCAUCUCAACCGUCAGCUUCUCAUUGCGUGUAUGCUUCAAUUCCUACAGCAAUUUACAGGUACGUUUCCCCAACUGGGAUCUAGCAAAUUGCUAAUAAGAAUAGGUAUCAAUGCAGUUAUAUACUAUGCUCCAAUCAUGUUUCGAUCGAUUGGCCUCAGUGGAGAUUCAACUAGUCUUCUGGCAACUGGAGUUGUGGGAAUUAUCAAUUUUGUCUUCACAAUCCCCACAAUCAUGUUUAUCGACAAAUGGGGACGUCGAAAAAUCCUGCUUUUAGGUGCAGCCGGAAUGGGAAUAUCCCAAUUGAUAGUGGGUACCUUGUACGCCAUCUACCAAGUUCGAUGGGAAGCAAAUCUCGGCGCGGGAUGGGCAGCGGCCGUUUUCAUUUGGAUCUACAUUGCCAACUUUGCCUACAGCAUCGUGAUGCCAUCAGAAAUAUUCCCCCCCUGCGUUCGUUCCAAGGGUGUGAGCAUUGCCAUUGGAACCAACUGGUUGACCAACGUAAGUGAAACGAAAGGUGUGCCUAUUGAGGAGAUGGACAACUUGUUCGGAGGCAACCAAGGCCAAGAGGAUUUGACACGCAUGGUCAGCGUCCGGGCCCGACUAGGGUUUGCAGAAGACGAGGGAAAUUUGAAGAAGGAUAUUGAUGAGGAUAACGCUACUGUGGAGGAAAGAGAGUAG